AGGCACUGCAGGCUGCUUUCAGUCCAGCUCAGACACUCUUGCUAGAGUCUCUCCUGCUUGCUAGGGACAGGAAGGCACAGGCUGCCUGACCAUGGCCACCACAUUCUUGCAAACGUCUUCCACUUUUGGAGGCAGCUCUACCCGAGGGGCUUCCCUCCGUGCUGGGGGAGGCAGCUUUGGUGGAGGGAGUCUCUAUGGGGGAGGUGGAAGCCGAAGUAUCUCUGCUUCUUCUGCUAGGUUUGUCUCCUCGGGGGCAGGAGGGGGCUUUGGGGGUGGCAUGAGUUGUGGCUUUGGUGGUGGUUUUGGUGGAGGCUUUGGUGGGGGUUUUGGCGGUGGCUUCGGUGAUUUUGGUGGUGGCGAUGGAGGUCUCCUCUCUGGCAAUGAGAAGGUGACCAUGCAGAACCUUAAUGACCGCCUGGCCUCCUACCUGGACAAGGUGCGUGCCCUAGAGCAGGCCAACACUGAGCUGGAGGUGAAGAUCCGAGAUUGGUACCAGAAGCAGAGCCCAGCCAGUCCAGAUCGGGACUACAGCCAUUACUUUAAGACCAUGGAAGAGAUCCGGGACAAAAUUCUGGCUGCCACCAUUGACAACUCGCGCGUUGUCCUGGAGAUUGACAAUGCCAGGCUGGCGGCGGACGACUUCAGGCUCAAGUAUGAGAAUGAGCUGACCCUGCGUCAGGGCGUGGAGGCCGACAUCAACGGGCUGCGCCGGGUGCUGGAUGAGCUGACCCUGGCCAGGACCGACCUGGAGAUGCAGAUUGAGCAGCUGAACGAGGAGCUGGCUUACCUGAAGAAGAACCAUGAGGAGGAGAUGAAGGAAUUCAGCAGUCAACUGGCUGGCCAGGUCAAUGUGGAAAUGGACGCAGCACCCGGGGUGGACCUGACCCGCAUGCUGGCAGAGAUGAGGGAGCAGUAUGAAGCUAUUGCAGAGAAAAACCGUCGGGAUGUAGAGGCCUGGUUCUUCAGUAAGACUGAAGAGCUGAACAAGGAGGUGGCGUCUAACACAGAAAUGAUCCAGACCAGCAAGACGGAGAUCACAGACCUGAGACGGACCCUGCAGGGGCUAGAGAUUGAGUUGCAGUCUCAGCUCAGCAUGAAAGCCGGGCUGGAGAACUCUCUGGCAGAGGUGGAGUGCCGCUAUGCCACACAGCUGCAGCAGAUCCAGGGGGUCAUUACCGGUCUGGAGACUCAGCUGAGUGAGCUCCGCUGUGAGAUGGAGGCUCAGAACCAGGAGUACAACAUGCUGCUGGACAUCAAGACUCGGCUGGAACAGGAGAUCGCCACUUACCGGAACCUGCUCGAGGGCCAGGAUGCUAAGAUGGCUGGUAUUGGUGUCAGAGAAGUAUCCCUGGGAGGAAGCAGCGGUGGCGGUGGCAGCAGUAGCAGCAGCAGCAAUUUCCAUAUCAGUGUGGAGGAAUCAGUGGAUGGAAAAGUGGUUUCUUCCCGUAAGAGAGAAAUCUAAGUGUCUGGUGCAGGAGAGAACAACCUUGCCUUCCCCUGCUCUCCCUGGGCUGAGAGAGGCACUGGACAUAGAGGCUGGGAAAACAGGCUCCAGUCCGUGCCUUAGAGGAUCUCUCUGCUUUCCAGUUUGUGGUUCUGCAUGCUCUUCCUAUUGUAGCUUUCUCGGCUUCCUUCUGAGUGUAGCGGUGUAGGAAGCAAUAGAUCUUUGUAUGGCGGCUGUUCCUUCAAUAAAGAAUCAUGUUUCUUUUUACAAAUGCCA